AUGCAGGUCAAGAGCCAUUUUGAUGUGGUUAGUCGUCAAGAGAUUGUAGGACAGGGUAUGGAGUGGGAGAAAGAUUGCCUAGAUGACCUGGAACUGAGCCGAAUGAAACAUCUAGCAGCCUACCAUUAUUACACCAAUGCACAAGACUUGAUGCAACGCAAUCACGCGGUCGAAAAAAUCAUGACACGAGCGUUUAGGCGCUUGCAAGGCGUCAGGAGCAUUACAAUAACCCGAGCUAAUGGUUACAUUGGAGCAAAGGAAAUUUUCCGGAGUUUCAAGUAUCUGGAUGGUCAGGUACUAUCUAUGGGGGCGGAGCAUCCUCCAGUGGCUUUCCUGUACGCCGUCUCCAGGGCAGAGAUGAAUCUUGAAGCAAUAAAUUUAGGUUCCUUCUCAAGCAAUGAUGAGACAAACCCAGCAGCCAAUGAUCCUCAGCUGAACAAACGCAAGGGGGCUUUUCCGUUGAAUGAGAUUUAUAAAACAAGGUCCAUGCCCAUUGAACGCGCCCUUGACAGGUCGAGUCUUCCCACGGCUUUCUUCAGUAAGGCACUACGACAGCUUACUAUCAUGGAUCCCUUCGUCGACCAUGAUGGAUCGCCAAACGUUAAACAAUUGACAGUGACUCGCGAACUGCUUAAUAAUUCGUUGGAGCUCAAUGAAGUCUGUCUCGCAAAUGUCGCAUACGCCUCAGACUGGGACAGAGCCGAUGGUCGAGUCCUGGCUCCACUUUUCAGUCCUGACUGGACCUGCAGGACUUUGACCGUAUUGGCCCUUGUUCGCUUCGAAUGCAGCUUGACCCAGAUCACAGGUCUUCUAAACAACAAUGCCCAGACAAUCGAAUAUUUGGAAUUUCACAAUCUGAAAAUCACUGGCAAUGAAGAUUGGUCCAUGGCUCUCACCUCGUUCAGAGAUCUUCCCUUCAACAAGCUGAAAAGCCUUGAACUUCGCAGGCAUCAGAAACGUAAGCAAUCAGAGAGGCUGAUAAGUUACGUUCGCCGAAAUGGAGAUGCGCAUCCUCUUGAGACACCCACCUCUCAGGUGUCCCAUUUGGUGAAAUACGUCAAAGCCACAUGA